CAGCCUGGUCUGCCUGGAAAAGUGGUAGCUGGAAAAUUGGGGAGGAAAGAAUCUUUUGUGGUAAAUUGAAUCCCUUAGUUUCUUCCCCUGCUCCUCCUCCUCCCUGGACUGUUGCAAUGCUGUAUUUGAUAGGCCUGGGUCUGGGAGAUGCUGAAGACAUCACAGUCAAGGGCCUGGAAAUUGUGAGACGUUGCAGCCGCGUGUACCUGGAAGCCUAUACCUCGAUCUUGACUGUAGGACAGGAUGUCUUGGAAGAAUUUUAUGGAAGAAAAUUGAUACUUGCUCAUAGAGAAGAAGUGGAACAAGAAGCUGAUGAUAUUUUAAAAGAUGCUGAUAGCAGUGAUGUUGCAUUUCUUGUGGUUGGCGAUCCUUUUGGGGCUACAACACACAGUGAUCUUAUUUUGAGAGCUAUAAAACUGGGAAUCCCUUAUCGAGUUAUUCAUAAUGCUUCCAUAAUGAAUGCCGUAGGCUGCUGUGGUUUACAGUUAUACAACUUCGGAGAGACAGUUUCUAUUGUGUUUUGGACAGACACUUGGAAACCAGAAAGCUUCUUUGACAAAGUAAAGAAGAACAGACAAAAUGGCAUGCACACGUUAUGUUUACUGGAUAUCAAAGUCAAGGAACAAACUUUGGAAAAUCUUAUCAAAGGAAAGAAGAUCUAUGAACCUCCUCGGUAUAUGAGCGUAAACCAAGCAGCUCAGCAACUCCUGGAGAUUGUUCAGAAUCGAAGAUUACAGGGAGAAGAGCCAGCAGUCACUGAGGAGACACUUUGUGUUGGAUUGGCUAGGGUUGGAGCCAAGGACCAGAAAAUUGCAGCAGGCACCUUGCAGCAGAUGUGUACUGUGGACUUGGGAGGACCAUUACAUUCCUUGGUUAUCACAGGAGGCAACAUUCAUCCACUGGAGAUGGAAAUGUUAAACCAGUUUUCCAUACCAGAAAAUAGCUCAGACACUCAACAGUGACAAGCUCUGAUUUUUUUGUAUUAU